AUGAACGCUCCAGCAACUUGCUGCAUAGCAACAAGCAGGUUGAGCCUGCGGACGGUCGGUGUAUUUACCCAUGGGAGCAAGAUGGGAAACAAGAUGGCGGGAUGGAUUUCCGCGUACACUGGUUUUGCAGGCAAUCUUGUUCGCUUGCCAACGGUGGAACAACUCUCUCCGCGUGUCUUACGUAUCCUGGGAUGUAAUCCUAGCCCCAUGACACUCCAAGGAACAAAUACCUAUCUUGUCGGGACAGGAAAAAGGUGAUAGCUUCCCGCGAAGAUAAGCCUGGAUAAGCUAACGUUAACCCUUUUUACACCUUGACAUCAGUAUGCAUAUUCUCCAUACCGUCUCCAUCCAUUUUCUAAAGUGUUGGCAGGAAGAAUUUGUUCAACAAUCGAGAACUUCCUAGGUUGGAGAUCGUUUCCUUUUCAUGUGACCUUAAUGUUGGAUUCAUAUAUGUCAGGGAUGAUGAUAUGAAUAUGAAAACGAUCAUCGCAGUAAUGAACACUAUUUAAGUAGAAGUGCAAACAGUGCUGUUUAAAAAACGAAUAGGGUACUACACCGGUAUCAUAGAAGUCAUGGGUUGAAAUCCUGUACAGGCCUGAAUUUUUAUCAGGCCUUAUUUUCUCCUUUGCUUAAAUAGGGUUUAUUACUGCGAAGAUCGCUUUCAUAUUAAUUUCUUAAACAGCAAUGCACAUAUAUGAUUUUCAUAAAUUCACAGUCAAGGAUGAUAUGGUGAGAAUAAAUCAUAUUUUAUUCUCCUAUCUCCGAAGUAGAUUUUGGUCACUCUUAAGGGUCAAAGGAGCUUAAUCCUGAUUUUUUUUAGUCAUAUCAAUAGCACACUAUUUUCGUGUUACUGUGUUAUUGUGUUUUGUAGUCAAGAUAUUCAGAUACCUCAUGUCCUUUAAUUCAAUCUAUUUACAUAUUUAAAUAUCUAUUUGCAAAUCCCUGAGACAAACAUGCAGAUCUGUAAAGUCAUUUAUUUUUAUCUCAAUUUCAUCAUCUUACAUCCUAUUCCACUGAAUUUUUUUUUAUUAUUUGCGAUUAUAUCUAUUCUUAUUGUUCACAAUGAUUUUGAAUACAUGAAUUAAUCGUGUUUUCCUAUAGUCGAGUAUUGAUUGACACAGGAAGUGGUGGUUCAACUGAAUACAUAGCGAAACUCAAAGAAGUAUUAUCAGAAAGUCGGUCUAGUAUUCAAGAGAUUCUCGUCACACAUUGGCACCCAGAUCAUGUGGGAGGAGUUGUUGAUGUUCUUAAGUGCUUAGAUAAUUCAGGUUAGUUUAAUUAAGGAGAAAUUCUGUUAGUUUAAUUAAGGAGAAAUUCUGUCUUGGUCAAUCAUGCAGUUAAAAGAGAUGACCAGGAAUCCAGUCUGAGUAACUGCUUCUGGGAGUCAAGGCAAUACAGUAGUUGACUGAUUAUAUUGUUGAAUUACUUCAUGCAGUAGGCCGGUCAUCAAUUUAUUCUAAGAACCAAACAGAACAAUGUCAUUAAAAACCAUGUGAUGUGGUUAGUGGUUUUUUUUACACAAAUGAUGUGAAUUCUCACAAAUAGGAUAGGAACGUUAAGUCGUUGAAAUUGAAAAAAAACUGAUAUAUGUUACAUUAUAUAAAAGAAGUAAUAUUAAGAGGAACCAAUAAAUUAUGGCUGUUCUUACACUUACAGGUCAUGUGAAAAUUUCAAAGCUUCCACAAGAGGGUGUUGCUGAAGAGAUCAUUGGCACUACUGAGCAUAGGUACAAUUACCUCAAAGAUGGAGAUGAAAUUGUGACAGAAGGAGCAACAUUAAAAGUUUUCCACACCCCUGGUCAUACUACAGACCACAUGAUACUUUAUCUGAAAGAAGAAAAUGCUGUCUUUUCAGGAGACUGUAUCUUGGGUCAAGGUACCACUGUAAGUACAAUGUUAUAUACUUAUAGACUUAGCGGGAGGGCCAGAUGAGAAAUUAUUUAGUUCAAGGUUAUGGUGUACUGACCAAGUGCAGCAAGGACAGUGGGUCUGAUGACUGAGAGCCAAAUAUUUUCCUAUCCAGCCCGACCAAACUCAAUCAGUAGGCAUUUUAUCACUUGACCACCAAGUGUUGAAAAUUUCUAAAGUUUUGUGUCAACCUAAAUAGGAUUCACUUGCAUACAAAAGAAGGGUGCAUAUUGGAUAACAACUGAAAAGGUUCUGCAGUAAAAACUCUUCUUUCUUUUCUUUGAGUUAGAAUAAGGUACUGAUAAUUCACUGAGAGAAGCCCGACUCAUUUUUUUUAAAAUUAAGGUAAAGUCCACAAUAUCAAUCCAUGUUCUCAGGAAAUUCAAAAGAGCCAUUUGAAUUCAGGGCUGGAUGACUUUUCCAGACUGGUUCAUGUCAACCUGUCCAGCCAUGUAACAGUUAUAAAAAUUUUCUUCAGACUAGAACCCAAAUCACGUAUUAAAUAUGAGGUACAGCUAAGCCUCCUGUAAGCAGUCACUUUUAGGGACACAAAAACUGUUUCCUAUAACCCUCUUACUCCCAUAAGUGACCAAGAAAGAAUUUCUCUUUCAUUAUCAAUGCAAUAUCAAGUCAAGAAGACAAGUAAUUUAAACAAUGAAAAAUAUCAGUUUGGGGAUUAUUAGUGAUCCAUAACAAAUACUCCAAACUAACAUUAUAGGAUUGUAUUACAGACAGUAAGGAGAAUUGCUAAUGAGAUCUUAGGGCUGAAAGGUUAAGAAAGGUUCACAAAGGAAAGGUUGGGCAUGGUAAAGUUUUCAGUUUCUCAAUUGUAAAUAAAGUUAAAUAAUUUUAACCCUUUAACUCCCAUGAGUAACCAAGACAGAAUUUCUUCUCACAAUAAUAUAUAUAUUUAACCAGAUAAAAGUGGAGAAUUUUUUUUUAAAGAAAAAAUAUAAAUUAGGGGGAUAAUUUGCUACUAGAAGACUAAAUUCUCUGAACUAACACUCGAGUAGUGCACUGACCACUGGACUACUAAAUAUAAAUUAGGGGAUAAUUAGUUGAUCCAGUACUAAAUUCUCUGAACUAACACUAUUGUAAGAAUUAUAUGGUUGAUAGUAAGGAGAAUCACAAAUUUGAUAUGGGAGUUGAAGGUGUAAGAAAUGUGAUUUGCAUUAUAAAAAAAAAAGAAAAAAACUUUUGAAUCAAGAUACAAAAUUUAACAGUGUGUGUGAAAUCAAAAACAGCAACACAAAGAGUGUUUCACAAGAAAAUACAAGAAAAUUUGGAAGACGAAUCAAGCAGGCAGUAUUUUUUUUCCCCAAGCAUUCUUUAAUUUGUGUCUGACUUAAAAGGAACUUUGUAAAAGACAUUCUCUGAGCUAACAUCAUAAGAAUUUUAUGGCAGACAAUAAGAAGCAGAAAAUGAUGAGAAUAAGGAAAGAUCAAUUGGUGAGUUUGAAAGUUGAUUUGACAGUUAAAAAGUUGAAACAAUGAGAUCUUUGAUAAAAAGUUGAAAUAACUCUUUGGAGAAAUGAAACUUCUACUAAAGGAUACUCAAUUCAGUGCAGGAAAUUGAUUGUAGUUUCAAAUUUGCUGUAAUGCCAUCAUAUUGGUCAACUUGCCAAUCUUUUUCAAAUGAUUUCAGGUAUUCGAAGAUCUUUACACCUACAUGAAAUCCCUAGAAGUCAUCUUGAACUUGUCUCCAGAUCUUAUCUACCCUGGGCAUGGUCCAGUUAUAGAGGAAGGUGUGACAAAAGUCAAGGAGUAUAUUGAACACAGAAAUGCAAGAGAAAAACAGGUACAUGAAGUCCAUUUAACCCUUUGAACCCUAGGAGUGACAAGCAUCUAAAUUCUCCCCACAAUAUCACCCCUAAUUCACAUAUCAGGGUCACAAGAAGAAAGGAAAUGAUCACAAACUAAUGAAGCUCUUGAUUAGUAAACAAAUUCUCUUUGUCUUCUCUUUAGAAAAUGUACAGAGAACAGUAUAGAGAAUAUUCAUACUGUUAUUUGGGUGUAAAGGGUUGAACAAUUUUGGUGGCGGUUGACCAGUCUGCAGAGUACCGCAGAACUCAACAAGAUCUUGAGCAUGCAAAGGUUAUUCUGCCACAUGAAAAAGUAUGUUAAGAAAGAAAAAAAUUGCAGGUUCAUCUGCCAUACUCUGCAGACAGGGCAGGUAAAGUCUCUGAAAGGUUUAAAUCCAAUUUAAAUGCAAGUUUGUUGAAUCAAAUAUAUUUAUAUUGGUGUAGAGUAGUUAACCAACUUCAGAGGAAGCUCUCCCUGAAGAGCUUCAAGUUUUAAUCAAGCCCUGUGACAGUCAUUCCUUUCUAGAGAAAACUCAGAACCAGUAUUUGGUGGUUGUUGUGCUGUUAAUUUGGACCAGAAAGUUCAUUAGCUGAGCAUGAGAUACACUGUUGUUUCAAAGGCUGAAAGCAGUUUCUGUUUGAAAUACGAUCGUUUGAUAUGUGUUGUGUUUUGAUUUUAGAUCCUUCAAGCCAUAGGAGAAAGCUUGGAAAAUCCAGUGACUGCAAUGGACAUUGUAAAGAAAGUUUAUGUUGUGAGUUUUUUUUAAAUGUAGACUGAACUAAUUUCUUUCAUAAUAACAUACUUUGCAUGGUACCUGUGGGACAAAAUGUAUUUUGCAAGACACAUAUUUGAUAUUCAAAAAAGGAAAUGGUGCCACUAGUUUUGAAGUCUCUAAUGAACACAUAUUCAAAAUUAAAUUAAAUUUAAUUCUGUGCACAAGCACAAUAAUACUGUUUAUGUUUAACCAAUCACCAAUGUAUGGCUUGAUUUUUUUAAGUUGUAUGUAUUAGUUCUCAAAAUUAUCUUUGUAUGGUAGUAUUAAGAAUUGUAUCCAUUUUUCAUUGUAGCAUGAAUGAGGAAUUUUUAAAUUUUCUAGACUUAGACUGUAUUUGUGGUAAAAAAUCCUUGGUAAUUUGGGGAAGGUUUGAGUUGCUGUCGGGUUAUCUAGGGUAAAAUUGUAGUAAAUGUAUGACAGAAAUCCAGGUAAAAUCCAUUUUGGUUAUAGAGUUAGGGCAAGGUUUGAAUUAGCAAGGGUAUGAGUUAUCUGGAUUUAACUGUACUCUCAAUUAAGAAACUUCUUUUUGAUUGUCUCCUUUAAAAAUUUACAAGGUUUUGAUUGAAUAGUUAUUGAAUAGUUUUUCUGGUCGUUAUCAAAUUGAUUUGUGUGAGUAUUUUAGAAUUGAAUUACAAAUUGUUGUCUUAAAUAAUGAUGGUAUACUUUCAAAGAUGUUCAAUUUCGUUAUUACUUUAUACAAUUCCUAUUUGUUUAUUAAAGUGAUCACACAUCUCUGACAGGAAACUCCAUGGCACCUUCACAGAGCAGCUGAAAACAAUGUCAACCAUCAUCUAACAAAACUGGAAAAAGAAGGACAUGUUUGUGAGUCUUAUUUAAUUAAAUCAUUGAAUCUUUUUAAAUGGCUUGAAUGACUGAGACAAUCCACACAACUCUGUAGAAAGAAAACCCAGUAACCCAUUUGCACCAAAGCUUUAACACGUUUUUGACCUGUUUUGUUAAACAUGGUUGAAGUUUCUUUUUCUCCAAAGAAAUGUAGCAAGUUGGAAAUGAAAGCUAGUGAUUACUUGAAUUCUAUGGAAAAUUCAGUUUUUCAGUUCACUGUUUCUGAUUUUUGUUUAGUUGAACCUAGUUUAAUUAACGAUGUUUAGCUGAUUACUCUUAAUUAUCAUUUGCAAUUUCUUUUAGACUCAAUUGACUCAAGCAGUGGGAAAAGAUGGAAGAGCUCUCUGUAAACCUGUUCUGUUGAAAAGAAAAUCAAGUCUGCCUCUUGACAUUUAGUGGCAAAAAAUGGAUUUCUGCACUGAUUCAAGUCAAUCCUAAUUUUAGUCAGGCCAGAUCUCCAGAGAGAAGCUCUAUGGUCUGUUGAUUGUUCAGGCCCUCUCUUCUCUUUUGACAGCAAAAGCAGACAUAAAAGCCCCCACAAUGCUACCCCACUCUUUUAACUCUAUUGAAAUGCAACCCGUUUACUGUCAAUCCAGUCAUGAAAAUGUGACCCCAUCCAAUGGUAAAUCCCAUUAGCCUAUUGCAAGGUUGUAGCCCCCCAGCCUAAGAUGUACUUUCACCACAAGGUAACCACCAAAGUUCUGGGGAAGAAUAUGGAGGCUGUAUUUUGCAUCUGUGAAGUAAUUUACCAGUCAGAGAUCUCUCAAAUUACAUUGCUGAGACAAAGAGUAAAUUAUAAAUUAAAUGUGUUGAUUUAAAGGAUUGUUUUAAAAUGAUAAAAUAAUGGCGUCACAAAUAAUACACAUGGCAAAAUAUUUCAAGACAAGUAAUUAACAAUUACUCUAAAUUUAUAUUUUGGCAAUAGUAUUUUCAGUUCUCUGGGUGUGUUUCUUUCUUCAUAUUUAAUUAUAUCAUUCUAGAUAAUAUUAUAUGCUCUGUAAAGUACUUUUGUUUGUAAAUUGCAAGGAAGAUUUUUGAAAAAAAUCUCCAUUAUGAUUAAUGUUUGAUGUAAACUAAGAGCAACAAGAGGAGAUGAACAUGCAAGGAUAAUAGAAAUUACUUAUUUUUUCAAUUUGUAUCAAUUACUAAAUUAAGCCUCAGAUAUCAGACAGUUUUUGCUCAUAGAAGAGGACUGUACUUGUAUUAAAAGAGAUUGUAUGUAAAUAAAUCUGUAAG